AUGGCGGACGGUACCAUGUCCUCGAAGUUCAUGAAGAGUGCCUUCGUAGGCUGGACAUUUACCGCGGGUGUCUACUACCCUCCCGACUUCGAUGCUUCCAAGUUGAUGCCGGUGAAGGCAUUGAAGCCCAGAGGGCCGCAGAUGAUGAACAUCCGCAUGAUGUUCCCCUUCACCAUGGUCUGCGACAGCUGCAAGGAGUACAACUACACAGGUACCAAGUUCACCGCGAAGGUGGAGCAGAUCAAGGGCGAGAGUUUCCUGGGCCUCAAGGUGUACCGCUUCUACGGCAGAUGCAGGCACUGCUGGUCAGAAUUCACCUUCAAGACAGACCCAAAGAACUCUGACUACACCAUGGAGUCAGGGGGGAAGCGCACCUACGAGGCCUGGAAGGACGCAGAUGCCAUGGAGUCGCAGCUGAAGCAGGAGAAAGAGAAGGAAGCGGCCCAGGACCACAUGAAGGCACUGGAGCAAAAGGCUGUGGAUGUACAGUCCGAGAUGCAGCGCAUCGAGGAUUUGGACGCCAUCCGUACCCUGAACAAGAGGCUGGGCAAUCGAGACCAGAGCAUUCAGGGAGCGCUGGACUACCUCUUCCUGCAGGACACGCAGAAGAGCCAAGAAGAGGAUGAAAUGUCGCAGGCGGAGCUGGAGGAGCUGAAAGGCUUCAAGGCGGAGAAGGAGCAGACAGAGCAGAAGAAGCAGGAGGAAGCGGAGAGCAACAAAGAGACCAGCCCUGGCGUCGUCCCGGGUGCUGCCAUCCUUUCCGCUGUGCAGGAGCGAGCCAAUGCCGCCGCCAAAGCGAAACAGCCGAAAUUCACGGUCAAGGUCAAGAGAAAAGCUGAAGACGAAGGCGAGGGCUCCAACAAGAAGCUUUGCACUGAGGACAAUGCGAGCACCACCGCGCCCACUGACUGUGGCGGGGGUUUGCUUGGAGCCUACGAGAGCGACAGCUCGUGA